UUCCAAAGAUAGCAGUGACUUGUUGGGUAGUGAAGAGUUAAAAGGUGUUCUGGUGCGUCACGCAGGUGCCUGUCUGCGUCUAAAAUUUCGACGACAUUCGAGUAGUUAGUGUCUAGGCUUCGUUUUCAAGUAUAUGAAAUGUUUAGUAAUAGGGUUGAACCGGCAACCUAUAAUCUCUCAGCACUGAUGAACGUCGCGCGCGGAUCGACCUCUCUUCCACACCACAAACCUCUUGAACGGAUCACACGUCCUCUACUACAGCCAGGGUCCUCACUUAAUUUUGCCCUAUUUUACGCAUUGUUUUGGCUGUGACUGCGUAGCUUUUCGACCGCUGGAAAGUUUCCUUUUCCGAAGGGACUUUUUUCUUUAUCGCGUGGAAAUGUGGUGGAUGCUGUUUCCCAGAUGGAUUUGGUUUUUGUUAGGACACUUCUGCUUCUUGCGUUUGGACUUGCGCGCGAGAGCGAUACCAAUGACUCUGUCCAAAGUGGUGUAUUCUCACGCGGGAAUGUGUCCGAACGAGAUGAACCCGAACCUGUGGGUGGAUGCCAUGAGCACCUGCACGCGCGAGUGUGAGUCCGACCAGGACUGUGAGCCAUUCGAGAAAUGCUGUUCGAAUGUUUGCGGACACAAGAGCUGCGUGGCUGCCCGCUACAUGGACCUUCAGGGCAAGAAAGGUCCAAUGGGGAUGCCUAAAGGGGUCACCUGUGACAAAUUCAUGUGCACCCAACAGGGUUCAGAGUGUGAAAUCUGGGACGGACAGCCAGUGUGCAAGUGCCGGGACCGCUGUGGACGAGAGCCCCAUUUCACCUGUGCCUCGGAUGGCAUGACGUACUACAACAAGUGCUACAUGGAUGCUGAGGCUUGCACCAGGGGUGUCACCCUCACAGAAGUCACCUGCAGGUACCACUUUAGUUUGUCCAACACCAGCCCUCCCCCAGCGGAGACCACUGCCCGGCCAACCACCGCCCAUCUUGAGACCACCCCCAUGGACGUUCAACGUCCCAACAUGGUCAGCAACCCAGCGCACCACAUCGUGUUUGUUGGCGAAACGGCCAGCUUCCUCUGUGAGGUGACAGGAAAACCGAAGCCGGCGAUUACAUGGGAAAAGCAGAUUGAAGGUAAAGAGAACAUUGUGAUGCGACCCAACCACGUGCAAGACAAUAUAGUGGUUACCAACAUCGCCCAGCUGGUCAUUUACAAUGCCCAGGUCCAGGAUGCCGGCAUCUACACCUGCACUGCCACGAACCAGGGUGGAUCUGUGCAAGCCCACUUCCCACUUUCUGUGGUCCCUAGAGAGCAGACCAAACCGGAGCUGGUGAUGAAUUCCACACGCCUACCUGCUGAAGAGUGCCUGAAAACACCUGAUAUGGAUGACUGCGGCGAGGAGAGUAUGAACUGGUACUAUGAAGCCAAGCGCAACAACUGCUUUACCUUCACGUACAGCCAGUGCAACAAAAACCGAAACCAUUUCGAUUCAUAUGAAUUGUGCAUGCUGUCCUGUGGAGCGGAGCUUGCAGCACCUUGCUCCCUGCCUAGCGUACAAGGUCCCUGCAAGGCUUACAAACCACGCUGGGCUUACAGCCAUGCGGUCAAGAAAUGCCAGUCAUUUGUUUAUGGAGGCUGCGGCGGCAACGAGAACAACUUCGAGAGCAAGGAAGCCUGUGAGGAGAUGUGCCCUUUCCCCAAGACCCACAACUGCAAGCCAUGCAAACCCCGGCAGAAGAUGGUCCCCAGCUUCUGCAAGAGUGACUUUGUGGUCUUGGGUCGUAUUUCGGAGUUGAGCGAGGACCACGAUUCCGGCCACGCGCUCAUCACGGUGGAGGAGAUCUUGAAGGAUGAGAAGAUGGGGCUACGGUUCUUCGGGCAAGAGCCUCUGGAGGUGACGCUGCUCAACAUGGACUGGAAUUGUCCCUGUCCGAACAUAACGAGAGCCGAGGGACAGAUGAUCAUCAUGGGGGAUGUUCACAACGGCAUGGCCACGCUGCAGCCCGACAGCUUCGUGGCCACUUCCAGUGUACGGCGUGUUCGCAAACUCCGUGAGGUUAUCAACAAAAAGACUUGUGAUGUUUUAAAGGAGUUCAGCAGCACAAAGUACUAAGGUGCUUCCAAUACUUAAAUCUCUGGAUGCCCUAAACCAGGAUUGUCAGAUUCUGCUCCUGGAGGGCAACUUUUCUGAUGAGUUGAGCUCUAACACACCUUCCUGUAAGUUUGAUAUGAUUCUUCUAAAGACCUUGAUUAGCUGGUUCAGGUGUGUUUCAUUAAGCCUAGAGCUAAACUCUGCUGGAAGGUGUCCCUCCAGGAGUAGGUUUGGGUUCCCCUGUCCUAAACCAACGUGCCUGCCUCUCACCUGCUUUUCUUCGUGAAGCAGACUUACUCGCAAACUUGACUUGUAGUUUCUACAAUCAAAUGUUGUGCUUCCGCCGCAGGAUAAAGCUGCUUGAAUUGUCCAUAGAGAGAUGAAAUAUGUGGAUUACACUGUGUGAAUGACACAUAAACAUGCUAAUAUACUAGAUGAUUUCAUACGAAAGUAUUACCUUAUUUACAUCUACAUGUUGUAGUGUGAGUCCAGUUAUU